UGUGCGUUUAAAUUAAUAAAUAUUGACAAUAAAAAAUGAAGCGAUCGCGAAAUCUUUGGACCGCAGAUGCAGAGGAGGUAUUUGUGAGGUUGUGGCAACAAAAAGUGGAUGACUUGAGGGGGCCCAGAAAAAACAGCCAUGUCUAUCAGGAGAUGGCGGCAGAAAUGCAGAUGCAAGGAUAUGAUGUCAAUUCCUCAUCUGUAAAAAUUAAGAUUGACAAUUUGACGGCAAAAUAUAGGAAGGCCAAGGCAGGUAUGGGGACGACUGGAGGCUCACCUGCUUCAUGGCAUUCAUUUGAGCAGGUACACCAAAUAAUUGGUGGCUUCUCCAUCAAUAACGUGGAAGAGCUGAUAGAAGAGAGUUUUGAAGAUUCGAUGUCAUCAUCCCCGACAAAUAUCUCGCCGCUUUCUCCUUCUCUUCCCCAGCUGUCGUUCAUCUCCACUUCCGUCAGGAUCGGGAGGGGCAACACUUCUUCUUCUUCUUCUUAUUUGGCGCUGUAACCGCCUAAGCGAUUUUGGCCGAGUCCAAAACAGC